AACCAAAAAGAGAAAAUGACACAAAAGAUUGAGACACCAAAUCUUGAUUCACCUUCCUCCACCAUAGAACCACCACAACACCUCCCAACAACCACCAACCCCACCACCCCAAAAAAAAACCACAAACUUACCCUCAUCCCAUUAAUCUUCCUCAUAUACUUUGAAGUAGCUGGUGGUCCAUAUGGUGAAGAACCAGCUGUUAAAGCAGCUGGCCCUUUACUAGCAAUUCUUGGAUUUCUAAUUUUCCCCUUUAUUUGGAGUGUACCAGAAGCCCUAAUUACAGCUGAACUUUCAACAACUUUCCCAGGUAAUGGGGGUUUUGUUAUUUGGGCUGAUAAAGCUUUUGGACCCUUUUGGGGUUCUUUAAUGGGUUCUUGGAAAUUCCUUACUGGUGUCAUAAAUAUUGCAUCUUUCCCUGUUUUGUGUAUUAGUUAUUUGGAAGAAAUUUUCCCAAUUCUUGAUUCUGGGGUUCCAAGAAAAUUAGCAAUUCUUGGUUCAACUUUGUUUUUAUCACUUGUUAACUAUACUGGAUUAACAAUUGUUGGGUAUGUAGCUGUUGCACUUGGGGUUAUUUCACUUGCCCCUUUUAUCAUAAUGUCAUUAAUUGCUAUACCAAAGAUUCAUCCUCAUAGAUGGUUGAGUUUAGGUCAAAAGGGGGUUAAAAAAGAUUGGAACUUGUUCUUUAAUACACUCUUUUGGAACUUGAAUUUUUGGGAUAAUGUUAGUACUAUGGCUGGUGAAGUUGAAAAUCCAAGAAAGACAUUUCCUUUAGCACUUUUUUCUAGUGUAGUGUUCACUUGUUUAGGGUAUAUUAUACCACUUAUGGCUGUAACGGGGGCGGUAGACGUGGACCAACGCGAUUGGGACACAGGGUUUAUGGCUAACGCCGCGGAGAUCAUAUCAGGGAGGUGGUUGAAGUUUUGGAUUGAGAUUGGUGCUGUGUUGUCUACCAUUGGAUUGUUUGAAGCUCAAUUGAGUAGUUCAGCAUUUCAAAUUUUGGGUAUGGCUGAGAUUGCAUUUUUACCUAAGUUUUUUGGGCUAAGGUCUAAAUGGUUUAAUACACCUUGGGUUGGGAUUGUGUUGUCAACAACUAUAUCACUUGGGAUGAGUUAUAUGAAUUUUCAAGAUAUUAUUUCUAGUGCAAAUUUCUUGUAUAGUUUAGGUAUGCUUUUGGAGUUUGCAUCAUUUCUUUGGUUAAGGAGGAAGUUUCCAUUGAUUAAAAGGCCUUAUAGGGUGCCAAUGAGAUUGCCACUUUUGGUGAUUAUGUGUUUGGUUCCAUGUGGUUUUUUGGUAUUCAUCAUGGCUAUAGCAACAAAGCUUGUGUAUUUGAUUAGUGGAUUGAUGACUAUUGGAGGGAUUGGAUGGUACUUUUUGAUGAAGUAUUGUAAGUCAAAGAAGUUGUUAAAGUUCAAUGAUAAGGUAGAUGAUGCUUAUGAGGAAUAUGUGGAGUAA